ACAACAUGAGGUCCAGCAGUCUCUUGAUCCUGGCGGUUUUCCUCGUCCUUGGGACGCUGGCAGCACAGGCAGCUGUCGUGGGAGCUUCUUAUAAAGGUCAAGAAGCUGGCAAAGGUCGCGUUCCAGUCAAAGGACAAAAAAUCCCACAAGAUGAGGUUCAAUAUCAAUAUCCAGGCAAAGGACAAGGCUCAAACCAAGGUCGCAUUAAGCCUGGCUCCUGCCCCAUGGUUAUAAUGAGGUGUGCCAUGAUGAAUCCGCCUAACGCCUGUAUGAGAGACACUGAGUGCCCGGGCGCCAGGAAGUGCUGUGUGGGCUCCUGCGGAAAGGCCUGUAUGAAUCCCCUGUGAGGUGGAGCCUGCCUUUGCUGCACCUGUGAAGUCCUCGGGGCUGCCGUCCUGGGUCCCUGUAGCACUGCCCGUUCCCUCACUGCUCAGACUUCCUCUCACUGAGAACGCUCAAGCCUAGAGCUGCCUCCCUCAGCGAUUUUCCAAUAAAAGACUACUUUCUGCUCCA